AUGCCACCCCCGAGACCUCCGGUUUAUACACCAACUUCCGAAGAUCAAAACAUGUCGGAUGAUGGAUUCGCUGCAUCGCCAUUCAGUGAUAAGCAGAUCAGGCGUCGAUUUAUAUCCAAGGUCUAUUCAAUUCUGUCUCUUCAAUUAGCGGUGACCUCUGCUAUUGUUUGUUUGUUUAUUUUUAUACCAAGUGUUCGUGCUUGGGUGAGGCGCAAUAUUUGGUUCUACUAUCUGGCUUAUGCUACCUUCUUCGUCACUUACAUUGUUCUAGCAUGUUGUGACCGUGUUCGUCGCAGGUUCCCUGGUAAUUUCAUCGCUCUUUCCGUUUUUACUCUGGCUUUAUCCUAUAUGGCUGGUACUUUGUCCGCCAUGUACACGGUGAACUCUGUCCUUGUUUGUCUCCUCAUCACACUUGCUGUCUGCGUAUCGGUCUCUCUGGCGGCAAUCUGUUGUCCCUGCGAUAUCACUAAGUGUCAAGCUGCCAUUGCUUUUCUCUCCAUCGUAUUCCUCCUUUUUGGUCUAGCUGUAACCAUUACAUUCCUUGUUGCUGGUUACAAUCAGACACUUUACACAGUGUAUGGUGGAAUCGCUGCCGUUGUCUUCUCCAUCUACUUAGCCUACGAUACGCAACUAAUUAUUGGGGAGGGAAGACACGAGUUGGAUGAAGAGGAGUACUUGCUUGGAGCUCUUCAAUUGUAUCUGGAUAUCCUCUUCCUAUUCAUGAUUUUCCUUGGUCUUUUCGGUGACCAAGAGUAA